UUCAAUGUAAAGUAAGAUAUAAAAUUAACACAUGCAUUAUCAUAUGUUAAUUGAAACAAAAACAUUCUAACCUUAUUCAUGUAUUGGAUACAUUUAGAAAAGUAACAAUACUAAGACAUUAUAAUGGAACUAAAACGAGAUAGCACGUGGAGUUGGUUGGUAUUGUUUUGUGUUUUGUGCUGCCAAAUAGUUCUCGGAGGAAUAUGCCUAUCGGGCGGACUAUUUUUUAUCAUUUUCACGAACGCUUUCAGUGUCAAUCCAGUGGAAAACUCAUGGCUGUGCUCACUCCCGAUCACUAUGUGGUUUAUUUCAUCACCAGUUGGAAGUCUUCUCACCAACAAGUAUGGUUAUCGUGUAUGUUCGUUUGUUGGUGGUGUUCUGGCAGCUGGUGGACUUUUGUUGAGUUAUUUUGCAACAAACUCAACGUUUCUCUUCCUGUCUCAUGGCUUUUUGACGGGAUUCGGGCUGGGAAUAAAUUUCACUGGAUGUAUGUCGGCACUUAAUAUAUAUUUUGAUACAUACAAGGUAGUAGCUACUGGCAUUUCUUCAGUUGGACACAACAUUGGUCUAAUCAUAUUUGCUGACUUGAUCGUUUCUUUAGAGGAUAGCUUCGGUUGGAGAGGAAUGUUUCUCAUUCUUAGUGGGAUGGCAUUUAAUCUUUGCGCAUGCGCAGUAGUUAUGUUUCCGAUAAAACUUCAGUUUGAUACAGACAAUAAUCAUAUAGCUGAACAGAUGAGAAAAUCAGUGAGAAAGAAAUCCAUAAACUUUUCCGUGUUUAGAAAUCUUUCAUUUGUUUGUCUUUGUACAAGCAAUGUGUUCACAUGUUUUAGCCAAGGAGUUUAUAUUUUACAUUUACCUUCAUACUCUAAAGAUGUAGGCUUCAACAGAAAUGAUUUUGGUACAGUUCUAAUGGUGUAUGGAAUAUCUAAUAUUGUUGGAAAAGUGUUCUUUAGCCUUUUAGGGCACCAUCCACAAGUAAAUAUUACUAUUGUUUACACACUAUCACUCACAGCGACUGGGAUAGGUAUGGGACUUACUCCGGUUUUUCUUACCAAAACUGGUAUGGUUAUUCUUGCAGGACUGUCGGGGUUUUUCUUUUGUGUGACAGGGGCCUUAAUUAACGCAGUUAUUCACGAGAUUGUCGGAUUUAGCAGGUUUUCGGAUGGGGUCGGUAUGUCAUUGCCAUUCAAAGCAACAGGGAAUCUCAUUGGUGGACCGAUGGCAGGUGUUUUGCAAACCGUAACUGGAAGUUAUGCAUUUUCUUUUUAUUUGGCCGGUGUAAGUAUGGUUUUUGCAUCGUGUAUAAUGGUAUGUUCUAUCAUAAACAUAAGACAGAGGGACAAAAUCCACCGGGCUAAAAAUAUCCACCUUGUCACUGAAACGGACGUGGAAAUAUCUGGAAAAGAAACAGGAACCGCAAAGCACAAUACGAGACUUGAAAAUGAAACAUUACUUAAUCUAGAUUUAAAACCAAUAGGAACAGAAAUGGGAGACAGAAUAUAUGAAGUCAUUCCAGAUUUAGAAAAUCGGUCAAAACAGUGUCCAACAUAAUAAGUUGAAUCUAGUGUUAUAUGAUUGUUCUGAGGAUUGAAUGGUUUGAAAAUGAUUUCUAAUAAGAUGGAAUUUUGUCAUAGAUCGGUUAUUUCUUGUAAAGAAAUACAGACAGUCAGCAAUUUCUAUCCGACUGAUCAGGAUUUAUGAAAUUUAAAACUUUCAUAAAGAUUAAUGUAAGUUCAGGCUAUUUUUAGGGACGGCUUUACCAGAGUUAUAAGUUUAUUUCUGAAAAUCAUAUUAUUCUUAUUACAAUAAGGGUUAAUUAGCUGCAGAAAAUAGUUCAUUCGUGAGCUGCGAUACUGAAGUAUUCCACGUGGUAAUAUCACUGUUUAGAUGACGUACAUUCUAUGAAUGAUAAAGUUAUCGAGCACAUUGUUACAUGUUAUAUGACUGACUGCAUUCAUGCAAACCAUGUAAAUUAGGUUUCUGAUUCAUGUGAGGUUGCACAUUGUUUAAACCUUAUCCUGCUGAAUUCCUAAAAUGGACUGGUCCAUUAUUAAAUUUGGGCAAUACCAUUUAUUAUUCGAAGGGGUGUUCACUGAAAAUUUACUGACUGAAUAGCGAACAGUGUAGACUUUGAUUAGCCUGCACGGAUGUGCAGGCUAAUCUUGGUCUGCACUGGUCGCAAAGGCAGAAUCACUUGCCGCCAGCAGGCUAAAGGUUAACGAAGAUCUGCGAUAUCAUUGUUUGUCUUUUAUUCGUAGAACGAACUGCUCAUGUUUUUUCUUAAAUCAUACUUUGGUAAAAUUUUAAUAUUGGUAAAAAUUAUGUACAUCUAAGGACUUUAAAAACGCCUUAUCUAAAGAUUCAUCGAUUUCAUAAUGCAAAUAUUUAUGAAAUAAGCAUAAUGAAUAAGGGUCAAACUUAUAUGUUGAGCAGAUACAUAUCAACACGUGUAUUAAUUGAAAUCGAUGUCGAUGUCAAUACAUAGAAUACUCUUUAAUUGGUUGACUCAUUUUAGAUAAUAAACGUGUUUAUUUUUAUUUGCGCAUCUGCCAUGUUUUUCUAAAUGACAAAUAUUAAGGUGCUUAAAAAGUAUAUAGACUUAUAUAUUCAGCUCUUUUCAUAAAUGAGCACUUAACCAAUGAGCAUUUGGCAUUUAUUGUUUCGCAUUUCUCAAUUAACAUUUAAUAUUUAUCGUUUGACAGUCAAUAUUUGACAUUAAGCAUUUGGUAAAUAGCAUUUUGCACUAACUAUUCGUCAUUUAGCAUUCGGCUAUUAGCAUGGCGCACCACUGCCUUCCAUAUUUUUCAAAUAAGAUUGCUGUCUAAAAUGUCAUGUUUUAACAUCAACAAUUCAAAAGUAAUUUUAUUUAACAAUAAGUUAAUUUGCUUUAUACUGUCAAAAAUAUGCAUACUCAUGUUUUGCAGGAGCUAAAUAUGUAGUGUAUAACCGUAUUUGUUUGCAGUACAUGUAGCCAACUUUUGAACAUGACCAUUAAAGCUAUAAGCUAAUUAUAUAGGUAACGGUGAGAAUAAAGUUCACUGACACUCUAAGGUUUAUGUAUCAUAAAAAUUGUGUAUAAGUAAAAGUUAUCAAAGUAUCAGAAGCAUUUACCGUCUGGGGUCUCCGUGAUCGUGUGGUUAGGUCGUUGACUAAGAAUCACUUGCCCUUCACCGAUUUGGGUUCAAGCCUCACUCGGGGCGUUGAAAACUUCAUGUGAGGAAGCCAUCCAGCUGGCUUCCGGAGCUGGAUGGUUUCCGGAAGGUCAGUGGUUCUACUCAGGUGCCCGCUCGUGAUACAAUAAUGCACGGUGGGGCACCUGGGGGUCUUCCUCCAACAUCAAAGCUGGAAAAUACCAUAUGACCUGGUAGGGAAAAUUGGUUAGUGAAUCUAUAUCUAGUUAUUAUUGGACAUAUAGCUUUUGCACAGGAUAAAGAAAAAACGUUAAAAGAUAGCAGCCCCUUAAGACAAUAGUUUUUAUUGAUAUGUACGUAAUUAGGCGGCAAGAUGCGUAACAGAGAAAGAUCACCUUAAUUUAAAAAGGCGGAAAGACAGUUUCAUAAAUUACAAAUCGGCGAAAGAGCAAACCAUUCUGAACCAACGUUACAUAACGCGUCAAGCGUGUUCUUGCGUUUAAUAAAAGGUAUGUUCCGAGAUGUAUUCUACACUUGAAAAAUGUUGCUGAAAAUUUGAAAUGGUCUGAAGAGCAUUGGACCCUGUUCUUAAUGGGUGUUUUAGGGCAAGCUCAGUGUCGAUCUAAGCUCAAUUAUUGACAACUGUUGAUAGCUUAGUCUCAAAUGUUUACCAGAGGCUUACAUGCAGAAAUUUUAAAGGGGCCUAUUGAUAUUAUCGGGUACCCCAACCAUCGCAGUAACACUGCGUCACAAAUCCCCUAUGAAUGUUUUAUCUUGUUUCUGACUUUGAGAUACACAUGUUUGGUGUUUAAACCUUUUAAACCAAUGCCAACGAGUCUGUUUUAGAAAUAUGUAUGUAUAAAUUUGGUUAGAAAUUCUGUUCUGAAUUUUGACACCUAUGUUCUGAAUUUUGACACCGUAAACCUUGUUUUAAAUCAAAUUAAUUUAUUCAUUUACAAACGUGCACUUACUUUCAUUCUUAGCAGAGGAACAUGACCUGUCAAAUUUGUCAACACAAGUUAGUCCUUUUGAUAGUACAUUCAUGUAAACAUCCAAGGAUAGUCCAAACUUGUUCCAUUUAAUUUGUGACACUGCCGUCAAUUAUAGUCAUAUUCAUUAUGUAACACAGAAACGGUUUUGAAUCCUGUUGUUUAACAGUUUUACGUUAAGCGGCGAAAAUUACUACUCAAUGAGGCAAUGUGCUAAAACAAGGAUAAAUAUCCAAGGAAAACCAGGUUCCAAAAACGCAGCCUCCCUAAACUGCAACCAAGCACUCGGACGUGCUCACGGCCGACUCACACUCGCACACUAAGCAAACACACGAGGACAAAACGAACAAAUAAAGGAACACAGCUGGGCAUCGUCGACUGGAGAGCUUAAACGGGUUUAUGGUGCAACUAAUCUCAUUCUUACUCCCACCAUGCUCCAAAGUCACAGGACAGUGUAAAUAAAAGUUAUCCACACUAGAAGAAUCCCUAACAUAUGCAAUGGCAACAGAUGGUAAAAGCGCAAAACGCUAUUCUUAAUAACAAAAAACACACAUGUACUCAAUGCCUUUGCAAAAGACAGAGCAAGAGGGAAACACCCUCAAGGUCCCGGCGAAACAGGCCAGAAGACAAAAAUCGAAAUAGUGCCGGUGGGAUUUAAGAACUACCUAUCAUAGAGUCCUCUGCCUGCGCUAAAGCCUGAUCACACUUCUACACACAAAAUUUCUAAACUAAUGUACUGAAAUUUACUUUUUAUUCUGUAAAUUAUUCUGUGACAGCAACCGUUUCUAAACUUGAAAUUGACACAACUGACACUCAUGUAUAUUGCCCUUGGUAUGAGAUUAAGAAUGUUUGAUAUAUGUACACAUACAUUUGUCAAAUCAAUAAUGAAAUGAUGAGAAAAUAUAGAUUGUGUAUAGUGAUCGACACGCAAAGGCUUUUUAAUGAAAUUAAUUUGAAAAUUGAUUGCUCGCAGGAAGUUAAAAUUUUAUGGUCACGACUUAAGGAGGUAGGUUACCUUCAUAUUUGUAUGAGCGCAUGUCCAACCGGAAGCUAACGUGACGAUUUACGACGACGUUUACGACAAACUAAAUGUGUUUGUAUAUUCAUUCUUCUGAAAACAAAUCAUGAACCUGUCUUCGAUCUGAUGCUUUAUGGUUUAAUAAUGCAGAAAUAAUGAAUAAAUUGCCGCAGAAACGCUUCAAAACAAUGUUGCCUUAAAAUGACGUCAUUGACGUCAUGACGUUACGUGUCAGUUACCGCGAAAAAUUAAUAGCUUUUAUCUUGAAAGUACGUAAUUCUGUGCGUUUUGUUUAUUUUAACUAUUUUCAAAUAACCAUUAUUUGCUGAAAUAUUUUUAUGAGUCUUUUGCUCUGAAUAAUAAUCAAUAUUUUGUUUCUUUUAUGUAGUUAUAUUGAAAUGUUAUGCGGAAUGUAAGAAAAUGGAUGAUGAUAAGCAAUGUUAUUUGGAAUAUAGUUGGGUGAAAGGUUACUUGUUACGGCCAUUUUCAAAUAGAUAAUCUAGCAGUUUGAUUUGUAAUACCUAUUUUUCAGGUUCCGUUGAUAAUUUGUUACUUAUGUACUAAAACUAAGAUCUAAAAUUGUUCAAAUUUCAGUAAAAAAUUGUGGUUUCUUGAAUUGAAUUGGUGUUACCAUGGGAACGAAGCCCGUGACCUAUGUAUCUAAAUGUAAAAUUUAAAAGCGUUGACACUGGUCUAUUUAAGAAACACAGCUUCGGCUUUUUAUUUUCAUUUCAACAAUAUCCAUGAGAAUAAUAGCAGCAUGCUGAACGAUUUUUCCAUGAAAAAUUCCAGACGAGGGGUACUGCUGUAAGUAUUCUAAGCUGUGAAAUUUGUUUGAAUAAAUGCAAAUAACACGAAAAUAUAACUUACGUUAGAAAUAAUAUGUUUUAAAGCUACAUCAACUAGAAAGAUAAUCUUAUUCAAUACUUUUUAUAAGAAAUUACGACAAAAAAGCAAGAUAUAAGCUAUUUUAAACAUCUCUGUUGCCAUGGUUACUUUAAACUUUAAGAAAAAUAGGGUACCAUGUAAAGUGCUUGGUAUUUUGCUAAUAAUAUGACCCAAAUAUUCCAUGUUGGUCAUUAACAGAAUGGCACUGAAGCCGUCGAAACCCCCUAUUUUUAUACAUAGUUGUUUAAAAAUGAGAGAAAAUGCGUUACCAUGGAAACACGAGCCCCGCGACAUAUACAUUUUAAGCUUAUAUUAGAAAGCUAACGUGCAUAUUAGUAAAAUUAUCAAUUAUGCAAACUUAUACGAAUAUCAAUGAAAUUAAAAUACACUGAAAAGUGUUAAAUAUCCGUAUUUUCCUUCUUCUUUCAAUAUGAAAUACCUUUGGAGGGUCAUGUUCUUCAAACAAGGAUAAAAAAUGAACUAGAAGGGACAGAGACAAACGAAAUUGAGAUUGUAGCAGUUAAAACUUCAUAUUACACGAAACACAAAAGAAUGCUGCGGUUCAACUAAUUUGAAUUUACCCUUGUAACAAGGUAACCUACCUCCUUUAGGCAGUACAGUGCUUGUGUGAAGUAGCUGAAAUAUGGCCUCCUACAACGACUGUUUUCUCUUUUUGUUUCGUCGAUAGUUUUAGGUAAAGUUGGCAUUAUUUUUCAAAAUACAUACUCUACAAAACAGAGCAUAAUCAGUUUCAAGGGAGAUGUGCAUACUCUAUAAAACAGAGCAUAAUUAGUUUCAAGGGAGAUGGGGUGGGGUUCAUUCAUGAAAAAGCGUAAAUAUUUUCUCCUUUUCCAUAAUAAGCAUCAUCAUUAAAUGUUGAUUAGAAAAUUGAAUUAGCACAAAGAACGGGAAACCAGGGUUGGGAAUGUUUGAUAAGAAUGCUUUUUUUUACUGCGAAACAGUUUGCUUCAUGUGAACGUAUUUUGUUUUCUUUUAUUAGACGCUAUACGGGUUUACUUUCAUAACAGUUUUACUUUGAGGUAACACGAAAACUUGAUAACGUAUUUCUCGCAAAAAAGCAUAUUCUUUCUCGCAUAAAAGCACAUUAUAACCCUUACCCUGUUAAAUUUCUAUAAUGGACUUGUCCAUCUUUCAAUUAUGACAGUUUUGUUUUCUUUUAUUAGACGCUAUACGGGUUAACUUUCAUAACAGUUACACUUUGAGGUAACACGAAAACUUGAUAACGUAUUUCUCGCAAAAAAAGCAUAUUCUUUCUCGCAUAAAAGCACAUUAUAACCCUUACCCUGCUAAAUUUCUAUAAUGAACUUGUCCAUCUUUCAAUUAUGACAGUACCAUUAACUGUUAAAAGGAGUGCUUACCAGAAAGAUACUGACUGAAUGGCGAACAUGGCAGGUCUUGAUCAGACUGCACGGAUGUGCAGGCUGAUCAUGAUCUACACCGGUCGUAAGGCAGAAUCAAUUGUGUCCUACAUGAUAAGGGUUAAUAUGAUACAUUUCACAAAUCGAUGUAUUUAAUUUAGAUCAGGUUGGCAUCAGUCACAUGCAAAAAAGGUUAUGCAUGUACUAUACUUCCUGUUGUUUAUUUUUUGAUGUUUCUGAUAAAGGAAUUAAGGAUCAAUAAAUGUGUAAAAUGUUUUCCAUUUUAAUACGAUGUACCACUUACACUCAUCUAAUAAAAUGCUUAAGCAAAAUCAUGUUUCCAUAAUAAAAAAUAAAUCCUGUAUUAGCCGACAUUGGGGUAUGCGAAAACUUAUGAGAAAAAAUGCUAUGUAGUUAAUUAUUUGUCCUU